CAGCGGCCGUAGCCGACAACGGUGAACUAUUUUAAGCCAAGAGAGGGAGGCUGUAAAUCGGGAGGACCGUGAGUUUGCAGUGUGUUGUGAUUGUUGCCGUAAAGCCAAUAAAGCGUGUUCAGUCGGGUGGAGAGGAUGUCAAGUGAAACUGAAAACAAAGACAGUUACUGGAAUAUUAUACACAAGGAAGUGCAUAACUCAGUUUGGUAUGUGGUGUGUGCCAGUAUAAAAGUGCCAGUGCGGGAGGUUUGUCCACAUACCAUCUGACAACAUGAAGGUCCUGCUUCUCACUUUGCUGCUCCUGCUGUGCAGCACUCAAGUGCUCACACUCAGAUGCUACACCUGUGAAGGUGACGACCGCUGUAAGACGGAGACAGAUUGCCCGCCAUCAGCUCAGUACUGCCAGACCAAGAUCAACGGUGACGAACUUUCUCGAACUUGUGAGGAAUUCUGUGCCGAAGACUAUUCCACAAAAUGCUGCAAAAGCAACCUUUGCUGAGCCUGAGUCAUCCCUCAGCGUUCACUUUCACUUUCUGAUUAAUGAAAAUAGUAAAUGAAAAAGUAAUUACUUAAAUCUAAAUCUGAUGGAAGAUGAUUUGUUAGAUUAUAAGAUUUUAAUGUGAUUUUCCUGUCUUUGAUUUAUUUUAUUUUCAAUGAAAUCUACAAAUGUUGAAUUAUUUAGUCUCAUCUCAUCUUCUGAAACUGCGCAACACACUGGUAGUAGCAGCUAUGUUUUGAACUAGUACUGGUGCCGAGGAAACCACACACACACACACACACAC